AUGUCGCUACUCGACCUGUCCUCGGAAUUACUCCUAAUGAUAGCAUCCCUGGAGACAGAACAAGAUAUCAACUCAUUAUGUCGGACCAACAAGCGACUUUAUUUUCUUCUCAAUUCGUACCUCUAUCGCAUCAACUCUUGCACCCCGAGACCUGCACUGGUAUGGGCUACUUUUCAUGGAAAUGAGAAUACAGCUCGAAUGUCAAUUCAAGCAGGGGCUGAAACUGGAUGGACAGAUCCCGGCGGCCGGGGACUACUAUGCUGGGCCGCAUUGAGUCGUCAUGAGGCGAUAGUGAGGUUAUUACUCAAGACAGGGAAGGUAAAUCUUGAUUUGAAGGACUCCGAGGGGCGAACGCCAUUGUCUUGGGCCGCUUCAAGUGGUUACAAGGUGGCAGUGCAGCUGUUACUUCGGACUGGAAACGUUCACGUGGACUCAAAAGACUACGAAGGUCGAACACCAUUGUCCCGAGCCGCGGAACAUGGCCGUACGGAGGUCAUGCGAUUGCUACUCGAGACUAGGAAGGUGGAACUGGACUCAGAAGACGUCGACGGUCUAACACCAUUAUCCUGGGCUGCAGAGUCGAGCCAUGAGGCGGUGAUGAAGUUGUUAAUCGAGACGGGGAAGGUGAAUGUGGACUCGAAAGACUAUGAGGGUCUGACGCCAUUGUCCCGGGUCGCGUCAAAUGGUUCUAAGGCGGCAGUGCAGUUGUUACUUCGGACUGGAAAGGUGGACGUCGACUCAAAAAACAACGAGGGUCGAACACCAUUGUCCUGGGCCGCGCAAUUUGGCUUUGAGGAAGUCGUGAAACUGCUACUCCAGACUAGAAAGGUGGAGGUGGACUCAAAAGACAACGAGGGUCUAACACCAUUAUGUUGGGCCGCACAGGAUGAAAAUGUAGAGGUCGUGAAACUGCUACUCCAGACUAGAGAGGUGGACGUGGACUCAAAAGACAACAAGGGCCGAACACCAUUGUCCUGGGCCGCGGAAUUUGGCUAUGUGGAGGUCGUGAAACUGCUACUCCAAACUAGUAAGGUGGAGGUGGGCUCAAAAGACAACGAGGGCCGAACACCAUUGUCCCGUGCCGCGGAACAUGGCCGUACGGAGAUCAUGAGAUUGUGUCGCAAUUAUCUUAAGAAUACUGCCUGGAAACCGGGUCUAUAG